AGGUGUAGUUAUACAUAGUCAUUAUUGCAGUUAUGUAGUACUAUCUUGAUUGUAUUGUCCCAUAUACAGGUGUAAUAACAGUGAUUUGAGGCUUCACCUCUGGUGGGAAUAUAAUUUGCUUUGGUGCUAUUAUGAAUAGGUUUUAUUACAGCGAUUAUUAUGUGUUUUACUGCAGGCAUGUGAUGGCCUGUACUGAGUGGGGAUUAUAUGUGUGGGCUUGAUUUCAAGUGCUGGAGAUUUGAAGCUGAGAGAGCUCUAGAGAAGAGAGAGGGUUAUACUGGUAUAUAGUUGUAUACUGUUAUUUAGACUAAGAAACCAGCAUGACAGGGAGGGUUAUCAUAGUGACAGGCGCCAACAGUGGCAUUGGCUACGAAGUCGCGCGGUACCUGUGUGAGGGUGGCAACAACGUGAUCUUGGCAUGCAGAGACGAGACGAAAGGCAACGAUGCUGUGCAGAAGAUCCAGAGCGAGAACCCACAUGCGCUGGCAACGUUUAUGCAGUUAAACUUGUCAAGCAUGGAGUCAAUCAGGAAGUUUGUGGAAGAUUUCCAUGCCACCAAGAAGAAACUUCAUGUCCUUGUUUGUAACGCAGGUGUCUGUGCAGCCGCGAGCGACCGUGUGAGGAAAGAAACAGCGGACAAGUUUGAGUUAACCAUGGGAACAAAUCAUCUCGGUCAUUUCCUGCUGACCAAUCUGCUGCUGGACGACCUCAAGAAAGCAGGUGCUGAGAGCGGAGAUGCUCGUGUUGUCAUGGUGACAUCAGAAGCCCAUAACAUGGACGUUGCACGCAAGAGAAAUCCACCCUUGGUGCCUUUAGACAUGGACAACUUUAUGCUCACUAAGUACGGCACCUAUAACUCCAUGCAGGCUUACAAGGACUCCAAACUGGCCAAUGUCAUGUUUGCUUAUGAACUGGCAAAGCAACUGGAGGGGACUGGGGUUACAGCUAAUGCAGUCUGUCCUGCUGCCAAUGUCCCCACCACUAACUUCCUACGCAACGAGAACAUGGUCCAGCGGUUCUUUAUGAAGUGGGUUCUUCACCGAGCUCUACGUUUUACUCACACCACCAGAACUAUUGGUCAGGCUGCCCAGGCUGUGGUCAAUGCAGCAACUAAUGAGGAGUUGAAAGGCGUGACAGGAAAAUACUUCCUCGAAACCACAGAGCACCAGUCCUCUGCGGAGUCCCUGGAUGAGGAGGUGCAGAAAAAGCUGUGGAAUAUGAGUGCAGGACUGGUCAAACUGGAGGGGUAUGACCCCAUAGAGCCCCCAGAGGCAGAGGCCCCACCCCCACCCCCUGAACCUGUAAAGAAAGAGGAAAAGAAGGAAGAAGGUGCCAGUGAUGCUGCAGCCAAACCAGCAGCAGGUGAUGAGAAACCAGCAGAGGCCGCUUCUGCCGAAGGUGAGAAGAAAGGCGACGAUGCAGGGGCUGCAGCUGAACCGGAGAAGGUCGAGGAGACACCAGUUGAGCUGUCACAGGGUGGGGAUACCACCGCUGACACUACGGCAGAACUUUCCACCACUGUCGAUGAUUCCUCUGUACCCCCAGAAAGCAGUUUUGCGGAAUCGGGAUGUGGAGACACUACAACUGAGGCGUCCAAGUUGGACAGCACUGCAGAGAGCAAGGGGGAGUAGAAAGUAUCCAAAACUGAAACAAGUAUUUCUAUGGCAACGUCUCAACAAUGCAAUCAAAAUGACUUGUGUAAAAUGCCAAGUGUACCCUUCUGCAGAAGGGGAGAUCUCAAAGUGGAUUUGUCUAGCUUUGAGAGGGGAGGGCUCAAAGUGUUGUUUAUUUUGCUGUACAUGGCUGGGGGUUUUUAACCUGUGUGUAAUGAGGUGUAUGUUUGGUUUUGUAGUUUGCUGGAGCUGACAUGUUGACAGUGUUUGAAAAGAGUAUUGGUGGUUGUGUAGGGGUUCAGCUUUUGUAGAAUCAUGUAGUAAGAUUUCUUGCAGAAUUUUUUUUCACUAGAAUAUUAAUAUGCCUCAGUUUUGUAAAAUAAUGUGAAAAAACUUUCUCAGUUGAUUUUUAGUGCUCUUUCAUAUGUAAAACUGAAUGAUAAAAAUUUCUCUUAAGGAAAAAUCCUUUAUAGACGACAUUCCAUCCAAUGGAAUGUUGAGAAAUAAGGUCACGGUGACCCAUUUCUGUCACACUCAAGAGCCAGAAUUUCCAGACUUGUUUGAUUAAUAUAGGGGCAUGGUUAUUAUUUGGCAGCCUGGGGUUCAAAAUAUUGGUUCUCGCCUUUGUCCAUGGCAAUGGCAUAGAGAGAACUUUUCAGUAGACACCUCACCAAACUCCUUAUGCUGAGCAAGGGCCGUGGUAGAGAUUGGUUCGUUUUACUGUUUCUAACCCCCCCCCCCUUCCUCGCCCCCCCCCAAUUUAUUUAUAAACUCUAAUACAGUGAGUAGUUUAUUUGAACUUUUUGACUGUGCUACAAACAAAUGCCAUAACUGAAGUUGCUGUUUUGUAUAUGUGCACAGAAAAAAAAAUGUAAGUUGUUAUAAUAUUAUUAUUUUUUUGUAUGUCAUAAUGGCAUUAUGAAUGAUAGUACUACAGAAAAAAAAACUAUUAACAUUUCCAGUUUAUAACAAGAUGUAACAGUAUUUGACAUUGUCAAACAAUAUUGUAACAUUUUUAUUAUUAAUUCUAUAAUUUCAUUUUCAUUGUCAAACAAUUUUGUAACAUUUUUAUUAUUAAUUCUAUAAUAUCCAGGAUAUUUCUUGGGCAAAAUUAGCCUGCCUACCCCCUGGUCUUUUAGAUCCCUUUACCUCCCUGCACCAUUGCUUCCCGACUAUGGGGAAUAGAAAUGAAGGGAAGUAACACAAUAUACAGUGGUGACGUGAAUGACAGUGUGAGGGGGUAAAGAGAUCACCAAGUCUUUUGUAUACGUAUUGAUAUAAAAACACAUUUGCUCAGUUGCACAAUUUUUUGAAGGACAGGCACAGCUGCUACCUAAAAAUGCCAUAUUAUAGCACGUAAUGGUCGACUUUCAGGCUGACACUAUUGGACUAGGUAGAUCCAUCCAACUAUGGGUACUCCCACUAAAUGCAAUAAGAUUAACUAAAUGAUGUGCCUCUUUGAGCAGCUAGUCGGUGAUUUACUUCCAUGUGCUGCUUGAGGAGGCAAGUCCUUGUGGAGAAGGAUCGUUCUAUCAAGUACAAUUGUUUCAUUUGGAAAUGCGCCCAAUUUGAUCUGAUUUGACAUGAAAGUUUACACAACAAAAUUGGGUGUAUUUUUCUUUGCAGUGUGUUUAACUUUAGUAUAUUGUUAAGGCAUAUUUUUAGCAACAAGUGGAUUUUUUUUCUAGAGUAGUUUUCUAAAGGAUAUUUUGCAUAUGUAGUUUCUCUAUUUUGUACAUUUUUGUUGUGAUGGUAUUUCAGAGAUGGAUUAUGUACUUAUAAUGUCACUUCUCUUUUUGGAUGAGAAUGACACCUGCUUUUUUUGCUAGGAUAUAGAAGAAUCUCAGCUUGCAUAAUAUGAGGAUUUUCAUCGAAGGCUUCCAGACAGUGUUUCUGACGUGCUGUGUUUUAGAUGCUGUAGUUUAAGGCGUGAAUUAUUGAUUUAAAACAAUUUUUUGACUGAGGCUUAUGACAGUUUAUGUUAAUGAGGCCUUGAAGUUUUCUGAUCUGUCUACAAUUAAUGCAUGGGGAAAAAAGAACUACAACAAAAAUAUUAAGCAUAUCUUAUGUUAUGAAAUCAUUUUUUCAAAAGUACUUUCAGUGCAUGAUCAAAAUUUUAGUGUAAGGGAAUGCUUUUUUUUAAUCCCACCGCUGACUAAGAUAUUGAGGUGCUUAAUAAUGAAUAAUGAAUUUUCAUCUUCCAUAUUGGUGUUAAAACUGACUUGAGAAUCAUUUGAUGAAUUAUUGAAUUCUAACAGUAUAAUUAAGUAAAGACAUAGUUUAAUUAUAUCAUUUUAUUAUUGUACAGGGCUCUCAGAACACCAUUAUUGCUUGCAGAUUAUUAUGUUUAAUUUUAAAACAUAAUGGUAAGUUUUCUUCAAGUUAAUGACUUACAACAUUAAUCUUUAGUUAUCUCUUUUAAAAUGAUAUUUUCUCAUAAAUUUGUAAUCAAAAUUCAAUUCCACACCCAAAUUUUUGAAGAUUACUCUGACAUAUUUUUCAGCACUCUCCAAAAUACAAUAUUAUCUGGUAGUUAAAAUUAUCAUUAUUAAUUUAAUGCAUCUUAACCCGGUGUUACUUACAAUAUUCUACUAGCAGUAACGACAAUCAGCUAUUAUACUGAUAAGGGGGAAAAUCAUUAACUAUGUCAAAAGUGCACUUGAUCAGGUGGAUGAAUAAUCAGACAACAUGCUUAUGCAGGGCAUCUUGCCUGCACAAACAUAGAUGGCAGCAAGAAGGCCCUUUUUUGAAUAUCCAUGAGGGGACCAUUUUGACUUUUUCAGAAGUUCAUGCAUUCAAUAUUAGACUCAUUUACCAAAGGAAUGUGAAAAACAAGACAUAAAAUAAAUUUAUGUGUUUCAUAUUUAUCUGAUAAAGAUAGGAAGAAAACGGUGUAAAACAAAUUAUUUAGGUUACAGGUUGUUGGAUUACUUAUCAAUCAAGUAGGUCUCUGACAAUUUUUUUUUCAUUUGUAAAUAGUGGUAGAUACAAGGAUGUAUGGUAAUAAAUUUCAUGGGGGAAAAGUAUGUUGUAUGUAAGUAUUGUUUUGCUGUAAAAUCUAACACAAAUAAAAUCUUUUUAAAACUAAAA